UAUGUCGACACAAAGGUACCACCGUGCCAAAAAAGAAAAUGUGAUCCACUGCUUUCCACUGGUUAUUUAUAGGAAGGGAUGAGCAAGGAGCUUAGGCAAAGGUAAGUUGAAUAGUGAAUUUAAUUAUAAGCUACAUGGCUCAACUGGGGUCGUCUCUGUCUGCAGAAACUGAGACACUGAGCAAUGUCCUAAGCCUGGUGGAGGCAUUCAGAGCAUUUGAUGCAGACAAUGAUGGCGCAAUCAAUGCUGCAGAGCUGGGUGGAAUCCUGGGUUCGCUCGGUUACAACGCUAGCGAACAAGAUGUAAGGGAAAUGAUGCAACAAGGAGACACUAACAAGGAUGGAUUGCUGAGCAUUGAAGAGUUCCUGGACAUGAACACAAAGGACAUGGCACUUGGGGACCUUGCCCAAUUUCUCAGAAGCGCUUCUCAAGCUUUUGAUGCUGAUAGGGAUGUAGCUCUGACAGCAACGGAGUUAUAUGAAGUUAUGGGGAACCUUGGAAUUGAAUUGUCCCUGGAGGAUUGCCAAGAUGUUGUUGCUUCCAUGGAUGCAGAUGGUGAUGGAGCUGUUAGCUUGGAUGACUUCAAACUAAUAGUUAAUUCCCUCCUCUAGAUUAAUCUCCAACUUCAAUUCCUGUAGGUAUUAACGAAACCAAAUCCAUGUUUUACUCUAUCUAAGACUCUGCUGGGAGCUUUCAUUUCCAUGCAUAUGGGAACAAGAACUCAAGAUCAGAUGCUAGCAAAAGUCCUCUAUGUUAGUAUUUCUCUUACUAUAAAUAAAAACAUGAACUUUGUUUAAUAGAAGUGACCAACUGUUCCUGCAUGUCACACAGUAAUAUUGGAAGCUUUUUCUUUUGAAAGAAGAUGUGCAAUUCUCCACUAUGAUAAUAUCAGCCAUGUAUUCCACUGCUUCAGGAAACCAAGGAUUACCUGGCAAUUGUUUUCUCUGUCCCGUGUCGAUCAAAUUAUUUGUGUGGGAUUAAUCGAAGAAACUGAUCGAGGAUAAAAGGAGUACUUAAAAGAUAUGAAUAUCACUUACUUCGUACUUGUUCAGCCUUAUCUGUAUCCAAAGCAAAAGCUACUUAGGAUACAACAAGUAUAGGCAGAGGCAGCCCCUUUUUUUUUUUGUCACUAUGUACAUAUAGGCUUACUGUUCACCUGGCUUGCUGGCCAGGGCUCGCGCAGUAGACAGUAUCACAGUACCAAUAUU